CAAGAUAAGAACACAUAAAAAGCACUCUUUGCGCUUUUGCAUUGCACAGAUACGCACACUGGAUUCGCACACAGCGCUGCAAGACUCUGACUUCCAUACAGCGAUUUAGGUCGAGCUUGGAUUUCAGCUCUCAUCUUGCGGACACGUUGCUUGGAUGAUAGUCAUCUGAAGGGAAAAACUGACUUUGAACAAACUCCACCACCUCAACAUGGCUCUUAAUGACUCUGACGUGGGUCUGGAGGUUGUCUUUGAGAUCGACCCCCUCCUGCAGCUCGCUGAGGUCCACCUUACACCUGACCCCAUGGUGUCAGCAGUAUUGAGUCCAUGGGAUGUGGCAAUGGGUGCGUCAGGUGCCCUGAUAUGCUGUGAGAAUGCAAUCAUCAUAGCGACCAUCCUCUCUUCUGCAUCUUUGCGGGCACCUAUGUUCCUUCUCAUUGGUAGCUUAGCUUGGGCAGACUUUCUGGCAGGUGUGGGACUGCUGCUAUACUUUAUGUCUCAUUGGUGUGUCCCAUCAAGAGGACUGGAGCUGGCUAGUGUAGGUCUACUAGUAAGCGCACUCAGUGCAUCUGUUUUCUCCUUGCUAGGCAUUACCCUAGACAGAUUCCUAUCUCUCCACCGAGCCUUGACAUAUGGUUCACGCCGCACACAUACUCACACUCACUGUGCCCUGGCUAUGGGGUGGGCUCUGGCAGGCCUGCAGGGGGUGCUUCCUGCUUUAGGCUGGAACUGUCUGGACAAUGGACAGUCAUGCAGCGUGGUGUGGCCAUUGACCCGAGUGCAUUUGGCUACACUGUGUGGAGGCUUUCUCUUAGCCCUGGCUCUCAUGCUGCAGCUCAAUGCCUGGAUCUGCCAAGUUGUCUUGCGACACUCCCAUCAGAUUGCCCUACAGAGACACACACUGCCCUCUGCACGCACACACACACGCCGACGUGUGCACACUCUCGCUCUUAUUCUUGCCAUCUUUGCCAGCUGUUGGAUCCCCUUUGCCCUCUAUGGCCUCCUUGGAGAUGGAUCAUCACCUGGCCUAUACACAUAUGCCACUCUGGUGCCAGUCACAGGAAACUCUUUGCUAAACCCCUUGAUUUAUGCCUAUAGAAACACACAUAUACAGCAAGCACUGAAGCAGGCUUGCUGCUGCUGCCUACCAAACACAUUUCACAAAAACACACACACGCCAAGUGACGUGUAAAAGACGUCAGAAUCUUAUCUGAAAUAUGCCAUUUGGUGCCAUGAUAGAUCAUGCUUUAACUAACUGACCAAACACAUAUGCACAUGCACUCCAGGCAAAGAUUUGGACACAUUAACUGGAAAUAUAUCUGUUUUGACCGUAAUGUUAUGUCUAAGACAAAUAUUGAGGAUAAUUGUAAAGCAUUUCUCCUUUUGUUGAACACUCCCUUAUAAAGUUGGUUUAUAUGGUUAAGAUGCAACAGGCUUGCAGCACUUCAGGAACACUAAUUUAAACUGGGUUAGAAUUUGAUUUGAUUUGAUUUAUACAAAUUUCUGGGUAAUUGCAUAAUUAUUUAAAUGUUAUUUCAUAGUGGUUAUAUAUUUAUUAUUAUUCGAAAAUAGAAGAAAGCAAGAAAGAACCCUGUGGAAAAACAGGUGUGUCCAUUCAUUUGACUGGUAGUGUCCUCUCCAUUGCCUCCUUAAGAAACCGUGCAAGUAGCCAAGACCUCAACCUGCUGUGUGAUACAUGAGUCACAUGAAUCACUCACAUAUUCUCCUGCAACCUAUAUGUACUGUCAUGUUUUCUUCUUCUGUGUUUGUUUGGUUUUAUUACAAAAACACCUGAUAAAACUGUGUUCUUUCAUUUUAAGGAGAGAAACGACCAACACAGCAGUAGAUUUCCUACUAUAAAAAAAUUUAAAUAUGAGUUUCAAACAAUGUACUUUUUUUUAAAGAGUUGUAUUGCAUCAAUUGUGUUCAAUUUGUGCCUGAUAUUUUCAGACUCUGACAUUCAGAGAUACUACUGGAAUUUAAAAAA